CACUAUAACCUUCAGAAGUGCCAUCCCGCUUGAUUUCGACUUUAGCAGAUAGUUUUAUGAUUCUUGAUCAUUGAUAUAACAUGCUGAAAAAAGGACAAUUACGUCAACCAAGACAACAGCAGUUAUAUUUGCAUUUGGAAAUGAAUUUAAAAAUUAACGUAAACCCAAUAUCGCCGCUUUGCACCGUGUUCCCAUACGCUUCGCAGCCGCCGGCCGCCCAAUGCGCACACAAGUGAACCUCAUCUGUUUGGCCGGUGAAACGUCAACACAACGCAAAACCACAACCAAAACAAACGUAAUCACUUGCGGCGUCCGUGGCUGUGGUGCGAGUUUCCAAAUAUGUUGCAAAGUACGCGAAAGUUCGCCUGGCACCUGCGUGCCCUUGCAGCCGUGAGCUGCGGGCGUGCGUUCACCAGCAAUGCCUUCCGCCCAGGCACGCUGGCAAGGCACCCGGGUGGCAGCAGACAGCUGCUGGCCUGCCCGGCCACGCUGGCCGCUAGCCGGCGCAGCAUGUUCAUCCAGACGCAGGACACCCCGAACCCGGACAGCCUGAAGUUUCUGCCCGGCGUGCCCGUGCUGGAGAAGGGCCAAACGAUGGACUUCCCCUCGGUGUCGGCCGCCCAGUGUAGUCCGCUGGCCAAGCUGCUGUUUCGCGUCGAGGGCGUGCGGGCCGUGUUUUUCGGCGGCGACUUCGUCACCAUCUCGAAGCAGGAGGACGCCGAAUGGCGCAUCAUCAAGCCGGAGGUGUUUGCGGUGAUAAUGGACUUCUUCGCGUCCGGCUUGCCGGUGGUGACCGACGCGAAACCGAACCCGGACACGCAGUUCAACGAGGACGACGACGAGACGGUGCAGAUGAUCAAGGAGCUGCUCGACACGCGCAUCCGGCCGACGGUGCAGGAGGACGGCGGGGACAUCAUCUUCAUGGGCUUCGAUGACGGCGUGGUGAAGCUGAAGAUGCAGGGCUCCUGCUCGUCCUGCCCGAGCUCGAUCGUGACGCUCAAGAACGGCGUGCAGAACAUGCUGCAGUUCUACAUCCCCGAGGUGGUGUCGGUCGAGCAGGUGACGGACGAGGCGGACAAGGUGGCGGAGCAGGAGUUCUCCCGGCUGGAAAAGCAGAUCCGCCAGAAGGACGAGGAGCCGCCGGCGGAGAACAAAACCUAGAGCUCUGGCGGCAAUGGUCAGGGAGUGUUGGGUGGAUUGAUAUUUUCGUUAUUUUGUUGUUAGCUUAGUGUUUGGUUGGAAUUAAAGAAAUCUAACUCGGUUUUUUAGAGCCGCUCAGUAAA